AGAAAGUACGAAAGCUCCAGCGGAACUGGAACUCGUUCCUUUCCCUCGCUCUUCCUCUGCUGAAAAGGACAGUCAUCAUGGCAUCUCCUCACCUGCAGUGGAUGGUCAUCAGGAACACCUCCAGUUUCCUCAUCAAGAGGAACAAGCAGACCUACAGCACCGAGCCAAAUAACCUGAAGGCCAGGAAUGCUUUCCGCUUCAAUGGUCUCAUUCACCGCAAGACCGUUGGUGUGGAGCCAGCCGCCGAUGGCAAGGGUGUAGUCGUCGUCCUGAAGAAACGUGCAGGUCAGUGUAAACCUGCCACCUCUUACGAGAAGAUCACCAUCAACAAGAACUCCCGCGCCACCCUCGCUAGCGUGAGGAACAUCAUCCGCAAAAACAAGUACAGGAGGGACCUGCGCAUGGCCGCUCUGAGACGCGUUAGCACCAUUCUUAAGAGUCAGAAGCCUGUGGUCGUGCGGAAGAAGCGCACCAGGGCUCCCAAGAGUUCAUAAACCAGUUGCAUAUAAAACCUUUUGACUUAAUAAAGCUCUUUUGGUCAAAGU